AUGAGUUGUGACAUUCCCCAAAAGCAGGACGAGGUAGAUGAACUACCCACUGCGAGACAUAUCAAUCUCGCCACUUCAAGCAAGGCAAAUGAUCAUGGACAUGUUGUCGACGCAGAAAACGGCUCGGGUUGUCUCAAUAGCAAGUUAGCUAAAGACGGCCACACGAUCCUCAUCCCGCAACCGAGCUCGGAUCCGGAAGAUCCUUUGAACUGGUCUUCAUUCAAAAAGCACCUCAUCCUUCUCAUUAUAUCGUGGACUGCCAUGCUGGCAGACUAUGGUUCUGCCACGGGCGCAGUCACCCUGAUCCCGCAAGCGGCAGAAUGGGGCAUAAGCCCAGAUACUGUGAACCAUUCUCAGGUAGGGAAUGUGUUCAUGCUCGGAGUCGGUGGUAUUUUCGUUGUCGCUGGGUCUGCCUAUUUCGGCCGCCUUCCCGUUCUUUUCUGGUUCCUUGUCAUUGCCACAGCCACCGCCGCUUGGUGUGCCGGUGCGACCAAUUUCGAAAGCUUCAUGGCCGCGCGCAUUCUGAAUGGAUUUUUUUCUACGGUCGCUCAAGGGGGUGGACUGAUGUUUAUUAGAGACAUGUUCUUCUUUCAUGAACAAGCAAGGAAGAUCAAUAUAUGGGCAGCCUUUAUCAUUCUCAGUCCAUAUCUCGGUCCCCUUUUCUCAGCAUUCAUCAUCUCGACACAAAAGUGGAACGAUGCAUUUUGGCUGUUUUUUGCCAUGUGCGGUCUUGCAUUAAUACUGUCUGUGCUCUUCGUUCCCGAGACGUACUACAACAGAAACUCCCAUGACGUCCCUUCUAAUGGAUCACGGAUCUCGACGCUUAUCGGCAUUCACCAGCGCCGUGUGAACCUACUCAAGCCAAACACUUUUAUCGAUGUUCUUCUCCGGCCAGUUAAAGUGAUUACAAAACUACCAAUUCUUUUGAUGUCUUUUUUUUACUUUCUUACCUUUGCCUGGGUUGUCGGGAUCAAUACGACGCUCUCGAUUUUCUUGACCCCGCUCUAUAAUUUUGGACCAAAACAGAUUGGCUUUUUCUACUUUACCCCCAUCGUUGCCGCCCUUUUGGGUGAAUUAUGCGGUCACUAUAUCCACGAUCUCAUCGCACAUCGCUACAUCAAGAAGCAUCAUGGCCACUUCGAACCGGAAGUCAGGCUUCGGGCUGCGAUCAUAUCAACGCCAUUCAUGGUAGCAGGUAUCGUUUUGUUAGGAUUUGCCCUAGAGUAUGGGUACCACUAUAUGAUCACGUCUUUGGGAUGGGGUCUGUAUGUGUUCGGUAUAAUGAUCACCACAGUUGCUGUCAACGCUUAUGGAGUGGACUGUUAUCCUGAAGGAAGCGGCGAGGUUGCUGCUUGGAUAAACAUGGCACGUACUACUGGUGGCUUCAUCGUGAGUUACUUCCAAGUGAAUUGGGCAAAUUCCAUGGGCGUCAAGAAUAGCUUUAGCGUGCAAGCUGGUAUCAUUGCUGUGGCUUCUUUCAUACCAAUAGGCUUGAUGAUCUGGGGCAGGACGUUAAGAGAGCAGAGUGGGCCACUGGGAUUUAAGACGGUAUGA